UCGGCUGUCAGUCUUCGUUGGCCAGCGCACAAAGAAGGUGCUUGCUCCGUGUGGUGUUUUCAAGUGUUUAGUGUACGGGUGAGAGGGAGUGCAGUGUGAAGUGAAAAAGUAAUUUGGUGCAAAAGUGGAGGAAUCCAUCGAUCGUCUCCGUUGAUUCCGUUGGCUGCCGAAUUUGGAGGAACAAUCGCACAUUUGUCGCAAGCCUCAUCGGCCGGACCGGGAGUACAUUUUGGUGAUUUGUGCGGCACGCGGGAGUAAGGCCCAACCCUCCAACCAUGGGUUCGCUGUUCCGCAGCGAAGAGAUGACCCUGUGUCAGCUCUUCCUGCAGAGUGAAGCCGCGUAUGCGUGCGUGUCCGAGCUGGGAGAACUCGGCCUCGUUCAGUUCCGGGAUCUCAACCCGGACGUGAACGCGUUCCAGCGCAAGUUCGUCAACGAGGUGCGCCGAUGUGACGAGAUGGAGCGCAAGUUGCGCUACCUCGAGAAGGAAAUCAAGAAGGACGGCAUCCCGAUGCUGGACACGGGCGAGAGCCCCGAAGCUCCCCAGCCGAGGGAGAUGAUCGACUUGGAGGCGACCUUCGAGAAGCUGGAGAACGAACUGCGCGAGGUCAACCAGAACGCCGAGGCGCUCAAGCGCAACUUCCUGGAGCUGACCGAGCUGAAGCACAUCCUGCGUAAGACCCAGGUCUUCUUCGACGAGCCACAGGCAGCGGUCGCAGGCAAUGUACCUAAUAUCAUGUCACGGAACCGCUAUCUGCAGAUGGCGGAUUCGCACAGGGAAGAGGAACAGGUUAACCUACUCGGUGAGGAGGGCAUUCGAGCUGGUGGUGCCGGGGCACAGGGACAAAACCUAAAACUAGGCUUCGUUGCUGGCGUCAUUUUGCGCGAACGCCUUCCGGCUUUCGAACGGAUGCUGUGGCGAGCCUGCCGUGGCAAUGUGUUCCUUCGCCAGGCCAUGAUCGAGUCACCGCUGGAGGAUCCCUCGACUGGCGACAAGGUCUACAAGUCGGUGUUCAUCAUCUUCUUCCAAGGCGACCAGCUGAAGACGCGCGUCAAGAAGAUCUGCGAGGGUUUCCGCGCCACGCUGUACCCGUGCCCUGAGGCUCCGACCGAUCGGCGCGAGAUGGCCAUGGGCGUGAUGACCCGCAUCGAGGACCUGAACACCGUCCUCGGGCAAACGCAGGACCAUCGCCACCGGGUGCUGGUGGCCGCUGCCAAGAACCUGAAGAACUGGUUCGUCAAGGUGCGCAAGAUCAAGGCGAUCUACCACACGUUGAAUCUGUUCAACUUGGAUGUGACCCAGAAGUGUUUGAUUGCCGAGUGCUGGGUUCCGCUGCUGGAUAUCGAAACCAUCCAGAUUGCGCUGCGCCGGGGAACGGAGCGGUCCGGAUCGUCCGUACCGCCGAUCUUGAACCGGAUGGAGACCUUCGAGGAUCCCCCAACGUACAAUCGCACGAACAAGUUUACCAGCGCCUUUCAGGCCUUGAUCAACGCUUACGGUGUGGCCAGCUAUCGUGAAAUGAAUCCGGCCCCGUAUACGAUUAUCACGUUUCCGUUCUUGUUUGCGGUGAUGUUUGGCGAUUUGGGACACGGUGCCAUCAUGGCUCUGUUCGGCUUGUGGAUGGUGCUGAAGGAGAAGCCGCUCGCUGCCAAGAAAACCGACAACGAAAUCUGGAAUAUCUUCUUCGGUGGACGAUACAUCAUUUUCCUGAUGGGUGUUUUCUCGAUGUACACUGGAUUUGUGUACAAUGACAUCUUUUCCAAGUCGUUGAAUGUGUUCGGAUCAGCUUGGAGCAUCAACUACAACACAUCGACUGUGAUGGAGAACAAAGCUCUGCAGUUGGAUCCCGGCAGCAAGGACUACUCGGGAACGCCCUAUCCGAUCGGUUUGGAUCCGGUGUGGCAAGUGGCUGAGAACAAGAUCAUCUUCCUGAACGCCUACAAGAUGAAGAUUUCCAUAAUUUUCGGCGUCAUUCACAUGUUGUUCGGUGUGUUCGUCGGACUGUUCAACCACCGCUACUUCAAGAACAAGCUGGCCAUCUACUGUGAAUUCAUUCCGCAAGUCAUCUUCCUGGUGUUCCUGUUCUUCUACAUGACGUUGAUGAUGUUCAUGAAGUGGACCAAGUACUCGGCCGAUAGUGAAGAUGUUAGGUUCUCCGCUGGAUGCGCUCCGUCCAUUUUGAUCACCUUCAUCAACAUGGUUCUGUUCAAAGCUCCCGAGAAGGGAGUCGAAUGUAGUCCGUUUAUGUUCGCUGGACAGGAGGGUUUGCAAAAGUUCCUGGUCAUCAUUGCACUGCUGUGCGUCCCGUGGAUGUUGCUCGCCAAGCCGAUUAUGAUCAUGCGUAGUCGCAAGGAGGCAGCCCAUCAACCGAUGGUCCCGUACAGCAACGAAAACGGUGAUGCAGAAACGGGUCUCAACCAGCAGAACGCAACCCAGGGCGGAGCAGCUGUACAGCAGGGAGCUGGUGGUGGCGGCCAUGGACACGAUAACGAGGAAAUGUCCGAAAUUUUCAUCCACCAGGGCAUUCACACGAUCGAGUAUGUGCUCGGAUCGGUUUCGCACACUGCUUCCUACCUGCGUCUGUGGGCCCUGUCGCUUGCUCAUGCUCAACUGGCUGAAGUGUUGUGGAACAUGGUGCUGAAGAACGGUCUCCAACAAGGUGGCUGGAUCGGCGGAAUCGCUCUCUGGGCUAUCUUCGGAUUCUGGGCCGUACUGACUGUGGGCAUUCUGGUACUUAUGGAAGGUUUGUCCGCUUUCCUGCACACUCUCCGUUUGCAUUGGGUCGAGUUCCAGAGCAAAUUCUACGCUGGUUUGGGUUACGCAUUCCAACCGUUCUCGUUCGAAGUGAUUUUGGAGACCGGUUCCAGCUCUACGGAAGAAUAAGCGUGGAGUGGAAACUUACCUAUAAUAUAUUGAUUAUCUUAAAACAAAAAAGUUCAACUCGAAAUAUAUGAUAUAAUGAAAAGCGUUACAUAGUUACAACGCCGGGUGCGCAGCAAACUAUUCAAAUUAUUACACCCGAGCUGAUUUGGCGUUGGCUUCAAAGCCUGACCUUACGGAAAAAAACAUUGCAUGAAAAUCGUUAAAAUAACAGCACUUUAAUGUUUAUUGUACUACUUACUGAAUGCAAGCAAACAGUACUCUCUAUUCAAAAUUUUUGAAACAGCAACCAAAUAUUCAAUACAGGAUUAUAACAGAAGUGUAAAAGUUAAUGUUUGUCAACCAUAACCAUUCAAUAGUAGAUGUAUCCCCAUAUUGACGUUCAAACAGAUAAUAAAUGUAGAUUUAGCACAUUAGCAGCAGCACA